GCCGUUAUAAAUAAAUUCCGCAAAUCAUCUGCUGCGCCAGCAAAAGCCGAUAGCAAACACGCCGAAGCGCGAUCGACGUCGACACGCCGAUAAGAUAACAAUUUUCUUCGGCGGCAUCGACCGCUCAUGAGCAUUUUCGGUCGUCUCUUAGUGAAUUUUAGUGUUCGAAAGCAAAGCCGAUUUCAACUCCAAAGGUCCCGUUACUCCGUUUGUGGGUCACGCACUGCGCCUUCAUUGAAAAAAACUCGUUCACCGGUACUUUUUUUAGAAAUAAAUAUUUCUGCACGAUCGUACAGCACGAUGGCUGAAAAGAAGCCUUUUGAAAGAUUGCCGAAAGUGGUCAGGCCGAAACACUACGACCUGUUUCUACAGCCAGACCUUCAGGCCUUCACCUUCAAUGGCAACACAAAAAUCAGUGUCCAAGUGUCAUCGGCCACAGAGAAAAUUAUUCUGAACUCCAUCGAUCUGAGUCUGAAGGAGGUCAUUUACACCCCCGAAGGCGGGGUGUCCACCCCCGCCACCCAAGUAGCACUGUCCACUGAAGAGGAGACAGCCACCCUUACCUUCCAGCCGCCCAUUCAGCCUGGCGUCGGGAGCCUUUUCAUUUCAUUCACAGGAGAGCUCAAUGACAAAAUGAAGGGAUUUUACAGAAGUCAGUACACCAGUCCGACGGGCGAGGUUCGCCAUAAUGGAGUGACUCAGUUUGAGGCGACGGACGCACGCAGGUGUUUCCCCUGCUGGGACGAGCCGGCCAUCAAGGCGACCUUUGACAUCUCCCUGUGCGUGCCUCAAGACAGGGUCGCCCUGUCCAAUAUGCCGGUUGCGUCCGAAGAGGGCCAGGGAGAAAAUCGACUGGUAAAAUUUGAGAGAACGCCAAUCAUGUCAACGUACUUGGUAGCCGUGGUUGUCGGAGAAUUUGAUUAUGUCGAAGAUGUGUCAAGUGAUGGAAUCAAGGUUCGAGUCUACACACCCUUGGGCAAGAAGGAACAAGGGAAAUUUGCCCUGCAUGUUGCGACUAAAGUUCUGCCCCACUACAAGGAGUACUUCCAAGUUGCCUACCCUCUGCCCAAAAUCGACCUUAUUGCCAUUGCAGACUUCUCAGCAGGUGCCAUGGAAAACUGGGGCCUUGUUACCUACAGGGAAACUUGCCUGCUCGUUGACUCUGAAAAUACGUCGGCGGUGCGAAAACAGUGGAUUGCUUUGGUUGUUGGCCACGAAUUGGCUCACCAGUGGUUUGGCAAUCUCGUCACUAUGGAAUGGUGGACCCAUCUGUGGCUCAAUGAAGGUUACGCCUCAUUUGUUGAGUUCCUCUGUGUCGAGCACUUGUUCCCAGAGUAUGACAUUUGGACGCAAUUUGUCACAGACACGUAUGUAAGGGCUCUGGAACUAGACUGUCUGGAAAACUCGCAUCCCAUUGAAGUACCUGUUGGACACCCGUCGGAAAUUGAUGAGAUUUUUGAUGACAUUUCAUACAACAAGGGUGCUUCGGUCAUUAGGAUGCUGCACAGAUACAUUGGAGAUGAGGACUUUCGGAAAGGAAUGAAUCUGUACUUAACAAGACAUCAAUUUGGAAACGCUGAGACUGAAGACCUCUGGGCGGCACUGGAGGAGGCCAGUGGCAAACCUGUCAAGGAUGUCAUGUCUUCCUGGACCAAGCAAAAGGGUUUUCCUGUAAUUUCCAUUUCAUCUCAACAAAAAGGAGACUCGAGAGAACUGCAACUUAUCCAGAGACAGUUCUGUGCCGCUGGAGACUGCAAAGACGAGUCUGCCCUGUGGCUGGUUCCCAUCACCCUGAGCACCGCCAAGGAGCCUGACAAGGUGGCUCAGAACUUUGUCUUUGACACAAAGAGCAAAACCAUUACUUUGGAGAAUGUCAGUGAAAACGACUGGGUCAAAGUUAACCCUGGCACUGUUGGUUUCUACCGCACCCGCUACUCUCCAGAAAUGCUCUCCCAGCUGAUCCCUGCUAUAAAAUCGAAAACUCUUCCCCCUCUGGACAGGCUCGGUCUCUUGGACGACGUUUUCGCCAUGGUGCAGGCCGGACACACAGACACCACUGAGGUUCUGCGACUGAUGCUUGCCUUUGCUGAGGGCGAGGAGAAUUUCACUGUCUGGUCCAAUGUGAGCAGCUGUCUGGGCAAACUAGACUCUCUGUUUGACUACGCUGACGACUGCAAGGGGCCUUUCAGGGUCUACGCCAAAAAUCUGCUGAGCAACAUCUAUCUCAAACUUGGCUGGGACCCCAAGCCUGGAGAAAGUCAUUUGGACACUUUAUUGAGGUCACUGGUUAUUGGCCGCUUGGGCUGGUUGGGACACGAGGACAUUGUGAAUGAAGCAAGGAUUAGGUUUGAAAAGCACAUUAGUGGCGAGCAGCAGUUGCCUGCUGACCUGAGGAGCCCUGUUUAUCGGACUGUGCUUGCGGCCGGAGAUGCAGCCACAUUUGAUACCAUGCUGAAGCUUUACCGCAGUACUGACUUGCAAGAGGAGAAGGACAGGAUUUCUCGAGGUUUGGGUGCUCUCAAAGAUCAAAAACUGCUGCAGCAAGUCCUUGAUUUUGCCAUGUCUGAUGAAGUGCGCUCACAGGACACCAUAUUUGUAGUAGGCUCUGUUGCUUCGUCUCGAGAUGGCAGAAACCUAGCUUGGGCCUUCCUGAAGAAACACUUGCAGACCUUCACCGACAGAUAUCAAGGCGGAUUUUUGAUCGCAAGGCUGGUAAAAAUGGUGACCGAAAACUUUGCCUCGGAGGACGCUGCAAAAGAAGUGGAGCAGUUUUUCGCUACGAGUCCAGUGCCAGGCACCGAGCGCACAGUCCAGCAAAGUGUGGAGACCAUUCGUCUCAACACUGCCUGGCUCAACAGGGAUCAAGCCAAAAUAUCGGCAUUUUUUGCCACUUACAAGUAAACUUGACAGUAUUUAGAAUAAUAGAUUUUGGGAAAACCAUCAUACCUUACAAUGCCUUGCUGAAAUUACGAGAUGGCAACGCAAUUCAAAGUGCAACAUUAAUGUGUAUUAAUUUUUAAGAUGUUAAUCAACUUUUUUGUUAAAUAAAAGAAAAGCUGCCAUGAUGAUUUACACA